GAUUCACAUGGUGUUUUGUGUCACUACAAAGUGCAAUUUGUGAUUUUGUUUGAUUUAAAUAUUUCAUCGAAUUAAUAAGUGUAUAAUUCGUUUAAAAUUAAUUAAAGAUGAAAGUUAUUUAAUUUAAAUGUCAAGUGGAAAAGUUAAACUUAUCGAUGCAGUACAAUUGAAGCUAUCUAACAAAUUAAAAUUGGGGAGAUUGAAUCAGAUUUUUGUAAAAUAUGUCCAACUGGGUCGGUUAUGCUAUAUCGGUGAAUUGUGGUGAGCCUUUAGGCUGCUACCAAGGAACAAUUUUGGAGGCGGAUGGAAACACAAUUACAUUAACGAAAGCCUUCAGAAAUGGCUUUCCUUACCCUAAAGCACAAGUGACACUUAAUGCAGCUGAUAUUAAAGAUCUAAAGAUAAUAGAGUCCCGCGCGGAACCAGCUGAGCAGACCCAUAGUACAGUGGCUGUAACUAAAAGUGCUAAGAAAGCACAAAGGGCUACUGUCUGUGAAAACCUGCAAGCAAAUCCAACAAGUUCAGGUAACCAGGCAGGAGGCAGCACAAGCCAAGGAGGAGGAGGAGGAGGCGGCGGGGGCGGGACAGGGGGCGGAGCAGGGGGAGGCCGCGCGGCCCGCAGCAAGCCCAUCGACAUCCAGGCGCGCGCCAACAAGAACAACACGCACGCCGGUACACAUGCUAACUAUUGCAACCACUUUAAAGAUAUGGACACUUGA